AUGUCUCAUACUACUGAAAUAAAUAGGCUUAAAAUAGCUUCUGUAGGAAAAUUGCCGUUGAAAUAUCAAAAUCUUGAAAAGUCUGAAGGUGGUUAUUCCUCCGAGUUGAAAUUGGCAAGAUUGAAUGCGAAAGAUAUCCUCAAUAAGGACCAAUUAGAUGAUGUCACUAAAAUAGAAAUAUGUUUGGAUUAUGCCAGUAAACUGCUGGUAGAAAGAUGGGGAGCAGAAAAUAUGUCGUUGAAUAUAGAGCAGGAUCUCUAUAUAUGCUUGCUUAAUUGUUCAUACUAUUAUAGGUGCAUAGCAAUUGAUAUGCUGGAUAAAGCAUAUGAGUUGGUGUCUCCUUCAAACACAAUAUGGGCAACAGCUGGACAGUAUUUGAAAAAAGGUUUGGGACUUCUACAAUUUUUAGAAGAAAUAUCUCAAGCUUUUUCAUUAGAAGCCAAGUUUCAUGAUUAUUUGAUUCAGCUUAUUUCAGAAUUCAAAUUGAUUCAGCAACUGGCCAUAUUAAUGCUAUCUCUAUCAAAAUUGAAAUCAAAAUUAUCAAAUCCUGAAAGUAAUGCGUUGGACCUUCAAAGUAAUCAAUUGAAAGAAGCAUCAUCCACAAGUUUUUUCACAGCAAAAUUAUGUAUUGGGUGUUUUGAUUCGACAUUGCAACUUAAACAAAGUGAUAUUAUCAGCAGACCCUUGCGAAACUUCCUCGAAAGUCUGAGCUUUUUACUACUUUCCAUGGACCAAUUCAGAAAUGAUGAAUCGGGUGUCGCAAUUGGUAUGCUAGAAGAAUCUAUCAAUAUUCUGUCCCAAAUAGUGCCAAGAUCCCAACUGACAGCAACUAUUCUUGAUAAGUCUCAUGACUCCAAAUCUACUAAAGAUCGUUUUUUGAAGAAAAAUAAGCUACUUAAAAACACACUGCAACAUAAGAUGACAAACCUAAAGGUUUCUUCAGUGGAGUUACUGCCAUUUCUCAACGAAGCUCUUUCAGACUUCCUAAUACCAUUAAUCGGACUUCUAAGAUACGUCUAUAAACAUACAAACGAAAAUCUAUUUUUUAAGCCCAUAGAAAAUAAUCCAGUAGUUCUAAAGAAAUUAUUUCCAAAGGGCAAAACUCCAGACGUUGAUGGGAUACGAUGGGGUCUAGUCAACUCCAGGUUGCAAGAGAAUGCAGAUGCUAACGAGCCGCGCCAUAUGGGAAGCGGCAUAGGAAAUUAUUUCUAA